UUGUGUGAGAUGAUCAGCUGACUCUGCCGGAGGAAGAGGAAAGAAGAUGGAAGGGAACAGAGACGAAGCUGAAAAAUGUAUAAAUAUAGCGACGAAAGCUCUCGAAGCCGGGGAUAAAGAAAAAGCACUGAAGUUUCUCAACAAAGCAGAAAAGCUUUACCCAACUGACAGAGCAAAAGAUUUGUUGGACGCACUGACAAAAAAUGGGAGCUCAGCGGGAAACGGUGCAUAUCGUAGAAGACCAGCAGAGAGCUCAGAAAGCCGCGGUGCACAGCCGGAAAGGGAAAGCCACGAGUCUGGAGGAGGCGACUCCUCCAAAGGCUUCACCCAAGAGCAGGUGGAAGGUGUGCAGAGAAUAAAGCGGUGUAAGGAUUACUAUGAAGUGCUGGGUGUCAGUAAAGAAGUCGGUGAUGAGGAGCUAAAGAAAGCCUACAGGAAACUAGCACUCAAAUUCCAUCCGGACAAAAAUCAUGCACCUGGAGCCACAGAGGCCUUUAAAAAGAUUGGCAAUGCGUAUGCAGUGCUGAGCAACCCAGACAAAAGGCGGCAGUACGACCUGACGGGAGGAGAGGAGCCGAGCAGUCCGGGUCACUCACACGGAGGAGGCUUUGACUUCCACAGAGGCUUUGAGGCUGACAUCACUCCUGAGGACCUCUUCAACAUGUUCUUUGGAGGGGGCUUCCCUUCCUCAAGCGCGCACGCCUUCAACAACGGCAGAACAAGUUACAGCCAACAGACGGAUUACCGGCAAGAGAGGACAGAAGAAAGAGGAGAUGGUGGUUUCUCAAUGUUUAUCCAGCUGAUGCCCAUCGUGGUCCUGAUUUUAGUGUCAAUACUGAGCCAGAUGAUGGUGUCCCCUCCACCUUACAGCCUCUACUCUAGACCGUCUACGGGUCAGACCGUGAAACGGCAGACGGAAAACCUGCGUGUUGACUACUAUGUCACUAGAGAUUUCAAGUCGGAGUUUAAGGGCUCAGCGCUGCAGCAGAUUGAGAAAAAUGUAGAAGAGGACUAUGUAUCUAAUGUCAGAAAUAACUGUUGGAAGGAGAGACAGACAAAAACAGACCUGCUGUACGCUGCUAAGGUAUACAGAGACGACCGGAUGCGCAGGAAGGCAGAACUCAUGACCAUGGAUAACUGCAAGGAGCUGGACAGACUAAAUAACCUGUUCAGAGGCGGAUGAGUCGGACGCUUUUAGAUCAUGUAAAUGUGUAUGAAGAGAUAUGUAUGUUCAUGUUUUGUUUUUUUUAAAGAAAGAGUCUUUACACUAGGAGGAAAAAAAUACUUAAUGAAAUAAUUUAGCUAUAUUGUUGAAGUUUUAAAAUGUCCCUCUCAUCAUAACCCCUGAGCCAACUCCUCCCCCUUCCUCACUCCAGCCUGAUCCCAGGAACCGCCUUGUCUCAAUGAACCAGAGAAUCUACACUCGCACUGUAGAAAACCUUAGACUUUUUUUUUUUUCUUUUUACAAACUCUGCUUUGGCAUUUUCUGAAAAACAAGAAGGACAAGGACGCUUGAUUGUAAAGGCAUGUGCUUCGAGUAGCGAGAACCCAAGAGACUUUCUGCACAAGCAAUUCACUGUCACAAGAUCAGCAAAUGGCUUUCAGCAUCAUCUGCUUGACAUAAAUAUAAGAUGGGAUAAUUUGUAGGUUCAUCCUAAGGUGCUGUCAUCUAGACAAACUCCCUUCCCCGAAGAACACAGGAACAGCAGAUGGAAAUAAAAUUUCACGUAAUGCUUCUUUCGGCUUUCUACCCACCUCCAGGAGUGGGCGAAGGUUAAUGGAUCAUGGAGAGAUUACCUGUGAUUUUGCUACUUGAGAACAUUUUAUGUUGUUCGCUUCAAAAUGUGACAUUGUUUGGGACUAAACGUGGAAGGACUUAUUCAUAAAUGGUUGUACAUUUUCAUUUUUGAAUGUUUGAAGUUUAUGCAGUUAUUUAAGUAACUAUAGAAGAAACAACGUUUUUCUUCAGUGCUCGCCUACUAAUCAUUUAAAUAAAGUAAAACUAUUACCAUA